CUGGCCUGGCCUCCCCGCUGAGGGCUGGCUGAGCUCUCAGUCCGGCACCAUGGGGAAGCGGGACAAUAGAGUGGCCUAUAUGAACCCAAUAGCAAUGGCCAGAUCAAGGGGUCCAAUCCAGUCUUCAGGUCCAACGAUCCAAGAUUAUUUGAAUCGACCAAGGCCUACCUGGGAAGAACUGAAAGAACAACUAGAAAAGAAAAAGAAAGGCUCCAAGGCAUUGGCUGAAUUUGAAGAAAAAAUGAAUGAGAACUGGAAGAAAGAACUAGAAAAACACAGGGAGAAAUUGUUAAGCGGAAGUGAGAGCUCAUCCAAAAAAAGACAGAGAAAGAAAAAAGAAAAGAAGAAAUCUGGUAGGUAUUCAUCUUCUUCUUCAUCAAGCUCUGAUUCUUCCAGCAGCUCUUCAGAUUCGGAAGAUGAGGAUAAGAGACAAGGAAAAAGGAAAAAGAAAAAGAAGAGUCGUUCUCAUAAAUCUUCUGAAAGUUCCAUGUCAGAAACUGAAUCAGACAAUAAGGAUAGUUUUAAAAAGAAAAAGAAGUCAAAAGAUGCAACUGAGAAAGAAAAGGACAUUAAAGGGCUCAGCAAAAAAAGAAAGAUGUAUCCAGAAGAUAAACCAUUAUCAUCUGAGUCAGAGUCAGAAUCAGAGUAUACUGAGGAGGUACGAGCAAAAAAGAAGAAAAGCAGUGAAGAACGAGAAAAAACAACAGAAAAAACAAAAAAGAAAAAGAAGCAUAAGAAACACAGUAAGAAGAAGAGAAAGAAGGCUGCUAGUUCAAGUCCUGACUCACCAUAACAUUCAGAAGAAUCAGGAUUUGCUUACAAAGAAAGUGCAAUGUCUAAGGAAAUUUCAACUGUGAAAAUUAUGGCAUAUUUACUAAAAUGCAUGAAUUUUCUUGUUUUUAAAUUAUUCCUGGACUAUCAGUAGCCACUCAGAUGCCACUGUGUGAAGGGCCAUAAUUGUUGCCUGCUGCUUGAACAUCUAUUUUUUUCCCUCUUCCAGUAACUCUGGGAGGUAAUACACUUCAGUCAUACUAGUGGUUUAAGA